AUGGGGCAUAACGGCAGCUGGAUCUCGCGCAACGCCAGCGAGCCGCGCAACGCGUCGGGCGCCGAGGCGGCGGGCGCCAACCGCAGCCUGUACCGCCACUUCACCACCACCGUGCAGGUCGUCAUCUUCAUAGGCUCGCUGCUCGGAAACUUCAUGGUGUUAUGGUCAACUUGCCGCACAACCGUGUUCAAAUCUGUCACCAACAGGUUCAUUAAAAACCUGGCCUGCUCGGGGAUUUGUGCCAGCCUGGUCUGCGUGCCCUUCGACAUCGUCCUCAGCACCAGUCCUCACUGCUGCUGGUGGAUCUACACCAUGCUCUUCUGCAAGGUCGUCAAAUUUUUGCACAAAGUCUUCUGCUCUGUGACUAUCCUCAGCUUCCCUGCCAUUGCCUUGGACAGGUACUACUCAGUUCUCUAUCCGCUGGAGAGAAAAAUUUCUGAUGCCAAGUCCCGUGAACUGGUGAUGUACAUCUGGGCCCAUGCAGUGGUGGCCAGCAUUCCAGUGUUUGCAGUGACCAAUGUGGCUGACAUCUACGCCAUGUCCACCUGCACCGAAGUUUGGAGCAACUCCUUGGGCCACCUGGUAUAUGUUCUGGUCUAUAACAUCACCACGGUCAUUGUGCCUGUGGCUGUGGUCUUCCUCUUCUUGAUACUGAUCCGUCGGGCCCUGAGUGCCAGCCAGAAGAAGAAGGUCAUCAUCGCGGCGCUCCGGACCCCACAGAACACCAUCUCCAUCCCCUAUGCCUCCCAGCGGGAGGCCGAGCUGCACGCCACCCUGCUCUCAAUGGUGAUGGUCUUCAUCUUAUGCAGCGUGCCCUACGCUACGCUGGUCGUCUACCAGACUGUGCUCAAUGUCCCUGACACUUCCAUCUUCUUGCUGCUCACUGCCAUUUGGCUGCCUAAAGUCUCUCUGCUGGCGAACCCUGUGCUCUUUCUUACUGUGAACAAAUCUGUCCGCAAGUGCUUGGUAGGGACCUUGGUACAGCUGCACCACCGGUACAGUCGCCGUAACGUGGUGAGUGCGGGGAGUGGGCUGGCCGAUGCCAGCCUGGAGCCCAGCGUGCGCUCAGGAAGCCAGCUCCUGGAGAUGUUCCACAUCGGGCAGCAGCAGAUCUUUAAGCCCACAGAGGAUGAAGAAGAGAGUGAAGCCAAGUACACUGGCUCUGCUGACCUCCAGGCCAAGGAGAUCCUUAGCACCUGCCUGGAGGGAGAGCAGGGGCCACAGUUUGCACACCCUGUGUCACCCCCAGGCACAGUGGACUCUAUAUCCCAGGUGGCACCAGCAGCCCCUAUGGAACCUGAGACUUUCCCUGGCAAGUACUCCCUGCAAUUUGGUUUUGGUCCUUUUGAGUUGCCUCCCCAGUGGCUCUCAGAGACCCGAAAUAGCAAAAAGAGGCUGCUUCCCCCCUUGGGUAACACCCCAGAAGAGCUGAUCCAGACAAAGAUAACCAAGGUAGGCAGGGUAGAGCGGAAAAUGAGCAGAAACAAUAAAGUGAGCAUUUUCCCAAAGGUGGAUUCCUAGCAAGGAUUGAAAAUCCUUGGAAGCAGCAGGGAGCUCCCCUACUCUGGCCCGCCCUUCACUGUGGCCCUGUGAUUUGUGUGAUCUUAUUGCAACCCAGGAUCGGUUGGCUUCCUAUCUGGGCCAAAUGCUUUUGAAUGAGAGGGAAAUCUAUAUAAAAUCAAUGUCUUCUUUAUUGAGGGACUUUAUAUAUUUAUCUCACAGACCCACAUCCUUAGUGAAAUUUGUGUUCCUCUCUGUGGAGACAAAAGCUGGGCACUGUGGAUCGGGUCUUGGGGUGGGUAUCCCAUGUGUAUUUCUUGGGGAUCCUCAGUUCUCUGAGUCCAGCAGAGAAUACACGGAGGGAAGAGCGUUCAUGAGCUCACAGGGAGAGGCCACUCCAAGGGAAGCCCAGGAUAUGGGUGGAGCAGUGUGCCUAUUUAUCGACUGAAAUAUGACAAAUAUAUUUAAAAUGUUUAAUACCCCUCUGUUUCUUCAGGGAAGAUAGGGACUUGACAUUUGAUGCCCUUUCUUUGGAAGGCCUGAUCAUGUCUCUCAGCUUCUUCCAUUGCCUGUUGUCCCUUUCACUGGGACAUGGAUAGGGAAUGGCUCUUCUGCCCCAUUGGACAGACAGGCAGUAGAUGUGCCUGGCUGUAAGGGAGAUAUUCUGCCCUUGAUUGUCCUGACCUUCUCUGGCAUCACUAAGGCCUCAGAAAGACAUGUCUGUAGUUUUGGUUGGAAAACACUGCAAGCUCUUUACUAUGUCUUUGCCCCUUGAAUUAUGUUUUUUGUGUGUGUUUUUUUCAACAAAUGAGAGAGAAGCUUAGAGGUAGAGAAGAGAGACCGUGUCCACACACUGUAAUCUUUUCUCUUCCCACUUGAUCUCACCUGAAAUGUGCUGCAUAGCAGUCAUUUGGAGUAAAGUAUAUUGAAAAAAAUUAUCUCAUGCAAACUUUUGGAAUUUAGAGGUAAUUUUAAAAUGCAAAGUUAAUGUAAACUGGGUCCCCUGGAAACAUCAAGCUAAAACUACUUGAUUGGGAAAGGUGAUUCUGUCCAAAAGAGUGGGAAAAGGCUGACAAAAAUGGCUCUGUUCUGAGGAAGACUCCAGUCACAGGCUGGCCAGUCUCAGUUUCAAUCUGUGUGCAACUGUGGUUUCUCCCUUUAUUUUGGACACAAACGAGGAACAGAACAGGAAGAAAUAAUUAAUCAUAAAAUGCCAAGGCAACAUGGAGCCCAGGUGAGCUCUACUGCCUCUUUCCCAGUGAAGUUUUAGCAGGAGCCAGAGUGGAUAGAAGAGGGAGGACAGUGUCCUCAUUAGACCUGGGGGCUCUCACAGGCAAUUCAAGUCCACUCGAGCAUUUCACCAGGCUGAAUUCAAACCACAGAUGACACUUUCCUCUUACUGAGUGCAAAUCAAGUGCCAGCCCUUCUCUCUAGGGCGUUUUGUUUUUGUUAGUAGUGCGUAAGGGAGCCCAUCCAGUGCCUUGAGCAAGCUUGAGGGGAAGUGGGCCUUCUCACCGCGUCCUGAAGGCAGUGAUUCUCGUGUAUCCCUUCCUCAAACCAUACUGGUCCUUGUCCCUCAGAAGAAACUUAGUCUGUGUGUAAGGAGUCUCCUUUUCUUGUCCUCUCCUGAGUGUGAUGUCUUAUAAUUCCUGAAUGUGAACCCAAAGACCCUUCCCCUGCAGAAGGAGUGCCUUCCUCUGUGUGUUUUGUCUCCUGGAAGCGCGUGCUCACAGCAGAAACCGGGACUGCCACUCCCUUCCCCGGUGCCUCUUGUCCCCUGGACCCUGUGUGCAUGCCAUCCGUAGCUCCUUGCCCUCAUAGUUAAUAUGUGGCCCUUCAAGCUUAUCUUUCAAAGCCUUCACCACUGUUACGACUUUCAUCAAGGGGAAACAUAAUCUGUCAGAAUAUUGUGUCUACUUUAGAAGAAUCUUCAAAUGUGGCCACUUUGGUUUGUUCUGAUAAUAUGUAUGUACAACUGAAUAAAUUCUGAUGAGGCAGAAUUUGGUAGGUAUUUCUUCUGUAUGUUUGAAGCAGAUGGCUGGCUUCUAACAGGUCACUGCCAGGUGUAUUUCUAUACUCUUUGAAGAAUUACAUUUUAAUAAAAAAUUGAAAAGCAGUUUCUGAACUCAAAAAA